GUGAAUCAGUCAUGAUCCCCCAGAGACUCCAAGCGUCCUCCAUGCGUGAAUUCCAAGCCGAUCCUAAGGACUGCAAAAUUUUCCCAAUAAAAACCCGCAGCGUCAACUGCGAGGCCGCAUGAGCAGUACCUGACCCACCUUUUGCUCCUGCUGGCUGCUUCUACACCAACAAUCAUGGCUACAAUGGCGAAACCUGGCGCUCUUGGUCCCCUCAAUGCCCACUUCAAAAACCUCCCUCUCAUUGACUUUGCCUCCUCGAUCAUUCGCCCCAACUUUGGACGCUCCCACCUCCCUCUUCAGCUCAAUGUGACUCUGAAGCACACCAAGAAUGCCUCAAUUGUGCCCGUCAUCAGAGCCCAGAGCUCUCCUGAUUAUCUCCCGGACGCCAAGUUUUACAAAGUGGAAGCUGUUCUGAGGCCCUGGCGAAUCCCGAAGGUUUCUUCGGCCCUGCUGAAGAUGGGAAUUCGUGGUGUUACGGUAUCUGAUGUUCGGGGCUUUGGUGCUCAAGGUGGCUCAGCAGAAAGGCAGGGUGGCUCUGAAUUUUCUGAAGACAAUUUUGUUGCUAAAGUUAAAAUGGAAAUUGUGGUUGGCAAAGAUCAGGUUGAAGCAGUAAUAGACAAGAUAAUCAAGGAGGCAAGGACUGGAGAGAUUGGCGAUGGCAAAAUUUUCUUGGUGCCCGUCUCGGACGUGAUAAGAAUUCGUACUGGCGAGCGCGGCGAGAAGGCAGAGAGGAUGACCGGUGGGCGAGCUGACAUGUCAGCUACUGCAUGAUCCUUAGAGAUGAAAUGAGCAGUGCAGAUUUAGAGCUAAGCCCUCCUCCUGCAACCUGCUCUAAACAAACCCAACCCAUUACUCCCUGCUCCUUUAGAGCCAAGAAGAUAAUGCUACUUAUGGUUUCUAAGCUUUCUCUUGUGAGGAAUAAAAUAUGAAAGGAAAGACUAGUCUUGUUGCUUUUCU